AGAAAUGGAGGACAAAACCUCCAAAGAAAAAGAAAAAUCGGCCGACAAACGGAUCGAUGAACGGGUUCAUCAACAACUGGUGUAUAAGGAUAACCGAAUUAUAGAUUUAAAUAAUGUGAUAUUGGAUAAAGAAAGGCAAAUUUUGGACUUACAGGAAAGAGUUCGUGAGCACAAUGAAGUUGCUUCAGUCAAAAAUCAAGCAAUGAGAAUUGUUCAACAAAAAUUUGAAGAAAUGAAUAGAGACAAGAAGGAUAUGUCGACAGAAACUGAGCCUUCUUUGAUGGCUCAUUCCUCAGUACCAUUAUCAAAUUCAAAGAGUGAACGGAGAGCAAGAAGUUCAUCUCCAGGUCAUGUCAUUGCACAGAGAAAAACGAUGGUCUCAAGUUCAUCGGGAACCUUCUCUCCUCCACCAUUGGAUCCUCCAUUUGAUCCAUCUAGCAAACUGAGCGCUCUUCCAGAUAUUGACGGAAUCCAUAGGAAACAUCAAAGAAAACGUGUAACUUUUGAUUUAAAUCCAAAUGGUUCUUCAAUUGGAACAUCAACAUCUUCCAAUUUUCCAUCUACAUCUGUUUCCCGCUAUCCCACCAUUUCAAUGUCUUCUUCAACUUCAGACGCUCUCGAGUCUGCUUUAACAGAAGCUUCAUCUGAAAAUGCUUUACUCCGUCAGCAAGUUAUCGAACUAAACUCAUCUGUUGAAAAAAUGAAAGCAGACUAUGAAUCUGAAAUUCUCAAAUACACAAAAGAGGCAAAAACUGCUGGACUCAAGGCAAAGGUUGCGGCGACUGCAAGAAUCAAGGAGUUGGAAACUACACUUGAAGAUAUCAAUGGAAAAUAUGAAGAUGAGAGGGAUCGUCUUCAAGAAGAAGUUGACACUCUCCGAUCUUCUCGAAAUUGGGAAAUAGAACAAAAUGCUCUUCUUCGUGAUCAAGUUGCUCAUUUGAAAGAAAAAGUUCACAAGUUGACAACAGAGUUAGAUGCUAGUGAAGUAGCCAAACGAUCCUUGAGCUCAGAAGUUGACGAAUCUAAAAAGCUGAUGGAAUUGAUGGUUGAAGAUCUCCUUCAAGCUGAAUCCGCUAUCAACUACAAUCAAUGUCAGAAAAAAGCUAUUUUUGAGGACAUUGACCGAUUGAAGGAUGCCAUUCAAGCACAGGAUAGAUUUAUUGAAGUUCUUGAAGCUGAUAUUGUCAUCUAUGAGCAACAUAUUGGACUUUUGAGAGAGAAUUUGGGUGCUUCACAGGUCGAUCAUCGAGCACUGAUAAAAUCAAAAGCUUUCGAGACGAAACUAUUGGCUUUGGAACGCGAAAAAGAGCAAAGUGACAAGAAAUCAAAUGAAGACCGUCUGAAAACAAAGGCACUAGACAAGAAAUGUCGUGUUCUCGUCGAGCAAAACGAACAACUCAUGGCUCGUCUUUGUGAGCUUGAAAUGUCGCACGGAGGAGCUGAUGAGACACGUGAACGCCGUUUAGCUGAACAAGAAGAACGAAUUCGACAGAUUUCAUCAGCUUUGGAAUCAGAACGAGAUGUUGGCCAACGACUGCGUGAAGCCAAGGAAGUACUUGAAAAGGAGCUAAUGAACAAGAAGAAGACGGAAGAAGCUAGUAACAAUCGUUUCCAGAGAGACGUUGAAAUGAGUAGAAUGGAAGCACAGAAUAAAAUCGAAGAAAUGUCUGUUGAAGUAGAUGCAGCUCACAAAAAGGUCAACGAAGUAUUGUCUGAAGUUGAACAACUUCGUGCCACGAAUUUUGAUCUUCAAAUGCACAUUGAGACUGCGAAGAGAACCAUGGAAGAAUUGGCUGAUUGCAACGAGGAACUUGAAAAGAGAGUGGAUGAAUAUGAGGAAGCAGCUGAAGAAAAAGAUGAAGAUCUGAAACAAAGUACAUGGGAUGUGGAGACAUUGACAAGACAAAAUGAAGCAUUGAGAGUUGAGCUUGAUGGUGUACGACAAGGCUUCCACGAGACACGCGAACUUGCCGAUGAGGUUAAGCAUCUGAGGUCGGAGCUCCAACGACAACAAGAAAUUCAUAGAGCACAAUUUGAUGCAGCUUGUCGUGAAAUGGAUGCUGAUGAACCAGAAAGGAAAACAUCAUUGGAAGUACAACAAGACCAGUAUAUUUUGGCAUAUGAGGAGAAAAUUCGCACAAUGUCUCAAGAAAUGGAAGCUUUGAAACGAGAGUUGGAGCUCAAAAAUGGACCAGUUCAACGAAAAACUACUCAAGUUCUGGAGCCACCAAGUAUUGAACAGAUUCAGAUGGUUCAACCAGUUCAGAUGACAACAUCAGCUGCUCCACAAGCUUCAGAAUCAAGCCAUCAGUAUGAGAUGACGACAUCAACUUCAUCAUCGGAAAAACGAAGAGCCCCAGUUUCUGCACCGUUGCCUGCUCAAUAUCUUGUUCAACAGUCACAACAAGCCCCACAAUCCUCUCAGCAAAAUGAAGAUCAAGUCCUUCGAGAAGCACAUGAGAAUUUGAAACGGCAGGUAGACGAGUUGAAAAAGAAAAAUGCGGAUUUCAGUGAAAAAAUGAUGCGCCUCGAGAUGGAAGCCAAAUUAUCUGGCGAGCUGAAUGUUGAACUGGGUAGAGCGAUGCUUGAGCUCGAGGAGCACAAUGAAUUGCUUCAAAAAGAACAAGAGGCAGUAACAGCUGAUGAUACUGCAACUAGUCGUGAACUUGAGUUACACGUGUUGAUGGUACAGGAAAUGACUGAACAGAUUGCAUCAAUGCAUGAGAAGAAUGAUGAAAUGGAAAAACUCAAAGUUGAGCAGAUGAAAGAAUUGGAAAAGUGGAAGUCGGAAGCCUUCACCUCAAAACAAGAAGCGCAACGUGUUCAUGCUGAAGUUCAACGUCUUUUACAUGCAUUGUCAGAAUCGGAAUUAGCCAGAAAAUCAGAAUUCGAACAAGCUACUACGGCCCAUGAUGCUGAAAUUCGUGAAUUCUCAAUUAAGAUGGAGGAUGCACGAAGAGACAUUGCAGAUUUAGAAGCUAAGCUUCAAGAAGCAGAAGAAAAGUUGAAGACCGUACAGGUUCCAGUUGAAAUGAUCUGUGAGACUCCUUUCCUCCAAGAAACUCGUAUAUUGACAUCCUCAUCUCCGUUAGGAAAUCAGUCAGAUACGCAGAAGAGUCAUGAAGCUGUGGAAUCUAGUAACACAAACCCUCAAAAGGACACUAACGUCAUUGCUUCACGAGUCUCUAGUACUUCACAACUUGCUCCUGGUCAUCUUGGAUCUCUGGAAGUUUCCCACCGUGAUUCCAAUGUCCCGGAUGCUGCUCAGAUGAUGCCGGAGCCGUCCGCGUCUGACUUGGAGAUUCUACAACAAGAUCAACAGCAAACUUUGCUUCAUUCUGUAUCACAAGAUAUGAACAAGCUAAUUGAGCUGAAAGAUGAACUCGAAAUUGCCGUUCAAGCUUUGAAAGCUGAGAUUUGGAGUCUGAAUGGACAGUUGAAAGCCUCAAUUCUAGAUAGAGAAGGACUAGAGGACAAAGUUACGCAGUUGGACGAUAUGGUGGAAAAGGAAAAGAAACGGGCGAUUGAUUUGGAUGUCGAGCUCCAAGAACAGAUUGAUUUGACAGAUCGAGCUGUGCGAAGAGCAGCUGAAGCGGAAAAUGAGUCGAAUCAACGAAUGGCUGAAUGUUUGGAAAAGGAGACAAGAAGAGAGGAAAUUGAAAAAGCUUACACUCGUCUCAAUGAAUACUACAAUCAACUCCAAGAGGCAUACAAUAAUGUCUACGCUCAACUGGCCGCUUUACAAGCUGCAAAUGCAGAGGUUCCUUUAACUUCAACUUUAUCCGCGACAACCGCACCACCACUAACGUCAGAGUCAUCAGAACCUUCUCAGUUCGCACAACUUGUCGACGGCUUAAUGACAAUUCUGUUAAUUUCUCAAAAUUCGCCAUCAGACAUAACCAUAAGCACUCAUCAAAAAUUGGAGCAAGUCGGUAAAAAAUUGAAACAACUUCUAUCAGAAUACGAAGAGAAUCAAAAUGCACUGGACGAACAGCGAAAAAUCACUGAAGCUCUCGAAAAACGUCUUCAAGCUUCAGAGUCUGCAAGAGACGCUCCCGAUGAUGUUAUGAUGACAAAAGAGCGAGUGGAACAGCUUGAAGGAGAAAUUGAAUGGAAGGAGGAAGAAUGUGAAGGUCUCAAACGUCGAAUUCGAGAGCUCGAGAAGGCACUGGAAGCUGUUGCUGAGAGAGCUGAUGAGACUGAAGCGGCCGCUGUGUGUCGCCUAUCGACGGAACUCGCCAUUUUAGCCGCCAAACUGACAACAAGGCAAGCGGACGUCGACUCGUUGUUCCGAACAAAUGCUGAAUUGGCACACACCAAUGUACGACUGCAAAACGAGGUGGAUGAGCAGGAUGAGUGGAAAGCAAAGAUUGAAGAGGAAAAGGAACAACUCGAGCAGCACGUGAAGGAACUUGAAGACCAGGUCGCUGAGCUCAUGGAACAGCAUGAGACUCAUUUUCGACAAGCUCAACUUCUUCAAUCAGCUACGUCAUCGGCUAACACAGAAAACAUCAGCAAAGUUCAUGAUUCUGAAAAAGAAGUUCAACGGUUAUCAGCUAUCGAAAAAAUUCUAAACAAUCGAAUUUUGGCACUGGAAGACCAGAACUUGGAAUUGGAAGAGAAAUACCAAGAGAUGGAAGAUGAAAUGCUUUCCCUGAAGCAAGAUAGUACCAAAAAAUCGGAAAUAGUUGCUGGAACCUCAAAUUGGGAGGACUCUUGGGAUGAAAAAGGUGAUGAAAAUGCAAAAGAGUUGGUUGAAGCUCGAAAUGAAGUUGAACGACUUUUGGAUGUUGAGAAAGCGUUGACAUUGAGAAUGGAAAUGCUUCAAAUUCAAAAUGUACAGUUGGAAAGUCGUGUUAGGGAGCAAGAAGAUGUUAAUAAAAGCGUUACAUCCCAUGUUAGACAACCGGAAUCUUCAGACCAAGUUGAAGAAGACGAUUGGGGAUGGGGAGAAGAAAAGGAACCGACUACAACAAUUCAAAAACGAGAUGACGAUUGGGGAUGGGAUGAAACUCAGGAAGAGCCGAAGGAACUCUCAGAAAAGACUGAACUUGAUAAAGAGUUACAAGAAGCGAAAUCAGAAAUUGGACGACUUGUUGAAAUCGAAAAAGUAUUGAACAAUCGGAUUUUGUCGCUCGAAGAUCAAAAUUUGGAACUUGAAGAACGUCUCCAAGAAAUGGAAGAAGAACUUUUAGAUGAGAAGAAUAAAAAGAAAGAAGUCGAUGCUAAAGUUGAACAAAAGUCAGAGGAAAACUGGGGAGACUGGGGUGAAGAUGAUGCCGAAGCUGCUACAGAGUCGAAUGUUGUAGUUUCAACACUACAAAGUACAGUUGCAGAACUUCAAGAUCGUCUUAAGUUCCAAAAAGAAGUUAUUGAGAAAGCGGAAGCAGAACUCAUUGAAACUCAGGAAAAGUACGAUGAACUCGAACAAGUCUACGAGCAGUCACAACAAGCUCAAAACUCUAACAAGGAAUUGAUUCAUGUAGUCGAGAAUUUGAAAUCUCAAAUGGGCCAGAUUCAACAAGACCGAGACAAAUUGAUGACUGACUUGGUUACAGUGCAAGCUGAGAAACUCGAGUUAGAGAAAAUAAUUCAAAAGUUGGAAGUUGACAUUGCUGAGAAGGAACAAGAAAAGACAGAUAAUGAUGGAUGGAACGAUGAGGAUUGGAGAGAGGAUGAUCAGAAAGAGACAGAAAGUGAAAAGUUGACCCAACUUCGUAAUGAACUCACAGCUCGAAUUGAACAGCUUGAAUCUCAAAAAUCGAAUGAACAAGCCCAAAUGUCGGAAAAAUUGAGCCAAGUAGAAUCUAUGAAAGUUCAAAUUGAGCAGAAACUUUAUGAAACUCGAGAAGAGCUUGAUGACCUGAAAAAAGAGUUGAAGCUUAAGGAAAUCGAGCUUCAGAAGGCUUCUGAAGCUUCAACAACUGCAUCAUCUGAAUGGAACGACGAUGGUUGGAACGAUGAUGAUGGAGAAAUUGAUCGCAUGAAAGAUACGCAGAAAGUUUUAGAAAUGAAAGUGGAAGCGUUGCAAGAUGAGCUACAGAGACUGAAAGAUAAUGAGAUUGAGUUAACCGAAACAAUUUCUGCUCUCCAAUCAAAGUUGUAUGACGUUCAAUCAGAACUGGAAGAUACCAAACAGAAGCUAGUCGAGGCUGAAAAUUCGGCUUCAGGAUGGAAUGAUGAUGAUGCGUGGAACAAAAAUGAAAAUGAAAUUGAAGAAGUAAAGAAGGCAUUGGAAAUCGAGAUUUCAAAUAGGAAUGAUACUAUUGUGAAACUUCAAAAUCUUGUCUCUAAUCUACGGCAACAGCUUAUCGAGGCAUCCGAAUCGGCUGAUCUGAAGUCUCUGGAAGAGUUGGAACAGUUAAAAGAAGAACUUCGCAUUGUUUCGGAGCAGAAUGGAUUGCUUAAGGAUUCGGAAGCUCGAUUAUUGGAUCACGCUGACGAGUUCGCCGUUCAAAUGGACAAGUAUCGUGAGAAAUGCGAAGUUCUGACAGCAAAAAUUGCAGAACUGGAAGCACAACUUCAGAAUCCUGCUGAAGAAGAUCAACAGCAGAAGACAUCAAACGUCGAGCUAGUCAAGCUGAGACAACAACUUGCAAAUGCUCAACAGGAUAUGCGAGUUCAAAAUCUGACGAUUUCUGAUCGUGAAGGUCUUAUCGCGGAGUAUCGUCAUCAAAUUGCCGAGCAGACCAAGACAAUUGAAGAACUUCACUUGAAACUAAAAACCUUCUCAGCGGCGGCUCGUCGAACUUCUCCACGAGUGCCAAUGUCAUCGAAUGUACCAGCUCUCUCAUCCCGCCCAUCAUCCAGAAUGUCAACGUCGUCACGAAUCUCAACCGCGUCUUCGUUUGUGCCAGAAUCCGUGGCAGUACCACUACAAUCAACUGGAUCAGCGUUUGAUGUCGUCGUACGACAGAGUGGCGAGCCUCUUCGACGUCGUAACAAAUAGAUGAGAUGACCCCUGUACGUUGCCCGUGGAGAGUGUGGUUCACUGUUUCUUCCAACACUACAAAUCUCCAACAUACCAUUCAUUUGCAUUCGGUGUUUUCUCCCUCCCUCUUCUCGUUUUUAAUCUUUUUUACUUUUAUUCUAGGUCUGUCAGUUCUGUAGGAUCCCUAAUUAAGUAACUUUUCCUCAAGUAUUUUUUAAUGUAUAUUCGUAGAUCUGCUAAACCUAAAUUGAAUCGAUAAUUUUUGGAAACCUUCUUUUCGAGUCGAUAAUAUACAUGAGCGUUCUGUUUUAUAGUUUUCAUCCAGAUGACUUGCCCAUACGUCAUCGUCAAGAGAUGACUGAUUAAUUUAUUAUUUUUUACAUCCAAAGUGCCUUGAUAUCGGUAGCUAAUCGAGUUUUUUGAAGGGUUUUCAUUUGUUUUCUUGUUUAUAAUGCACGAAUUGUAUGGAAAUGAUUGUAGUUAUGAUAUUAUAAGAUAUGAAUACGGUUUCAUUUAACUUC